UUAGAAGGUCUGUACUUUCAGAAGAGAUGGCUUCCCAGGUCAGACUGAGGCUGCUGCCGAGUGCCAGAUGUUUGUUUGACGAGCCCGUUCAGGUGAAGGUGACUGGGCUGAGGUCGAGACAGGUGGUCACCAUGAAGGCCAGAUCGACUGAUGAGAAGGGUGUGGAGUUCAGCUCCUCGGCCACCUACAGGGCUGAUGGGAGCGGGGAGGUGGAUCUGGAGAGAGACCCCUCACUCAGCGGGAUGUACAUUGGAGUUGAACCCAUGGGUCUGCUGUGGUCCAUGAAGGCAAACAUCCAGCACAAAUGCUUUUUCAAGAACAAAGUGAUAAACCCUCAUGUGGUGAAGUUUUCUGUGCAUGAAGUGGAGGGGGGCGGUAGGAUGCUGGCAGAGGAAACUAAUGAGAGGUUACUAAUUGGAGACGGGGUCAGCCGGGUCCCUGUCAAAGAGGGGAACUUUGAAGGAGUCCUGUUUACUCCUCCAGGUGAAGGUCCGUUCCCUGCUGUGUUGGAUCUGUGCACCUUUAUGUCUGAGAAGAGAGCCUGUCUGUUGGCCAACAGAGGGUUUGUGGUCCUGGAUAUGCCGUUGUACAAGGACAAGCCCAACAAGGUCAAAGAGAUGCAUCUGGACGAUUUUAAAGAAGCAGUUGAUUUCUUACAACAACAACCUAAGGUGGUAAAUAAAGGAGUUGGUGUAAUAUCAAGAUCAAAAGCUGGAGACAUUGCACUUUCACUUGCAUCUUUUGUGCCAGGUAUUGAGGCAGUGGUUUGGAUAAAUGGCUGCUGUGCUAAUGUGGCCACUCCUCUCUUCUAUAACAAGCGCAAAAUCCUCUCACCGCUGCUGUUUGACUUGAAGAGGGUGAUUCCCACUGAGUCUGGGGCCAGCAUAGUCAAGUACUGUAUGAAUGAUCCUCUAGCAGAGGAGAACCGGGCCACCCUAGUCCCCAUCGAAAAGGCCAAGGCACAUUUCCUCUUUGUGGCCUCAGAGGACGACCUCAACUGGGACAGCAAAGCUUACAUGGACGAGAUGGUGGAGAGACUGAAGCGUCAUCGAAAAGAGAACUUUGAAAGUGUGUGUUACCCUGGAGCGGGACAUUACAUAGAGCCACCUUAUGGACCCUACUGCCCCUCCAGUCUCCAUGGCAUCAUAGGCAAGCCUGUGAUGUGGGGCGGUGAGCCCAGAUCCCACGCAGCAGCUGAAGUCCACAUAUGGAAGAGGAUCCAGGAGUUCUUCAGAUCUCAUCUGCGCUGUGAAGCUACACAAAACUAA